UUUAAACUGAGGCUGGAAGGCCAUUUGUCAGGGGUGCUUUGAUUUAGAGUUCCUGCAUGGCAGAAUGAGGUGGGACUGAUCUCUUCCAAGUCUUAUGAUUCUAUUUAUUUAUUUAUUUGGAGUAUUUAUACCCCACACUUUAGCCACAAAGGCUCUCAGAGCAGUUUACAAAUGGUUAAUUAGAUGGUUCCCUGCCCCUCAGGCUUACAAUCUAAAAAGACAUGACACAAAAGGAGAAGGGAAUGGCAGUGAGGAAAGGGAGAACAGGUCCAGCGGUUCUUCUCUCCCUCAGAGGCCUGGACCAUGGAGCUGGCCUGCCUAUCUCCUUCUGAGGCCAAGGAGGAAUCUAAAAAAAUAUCCAAAAUGAGCAAUUUGGAAGAAGCUGAACAACAGCUUUCUGAAUUAGAUUUGCUUUCCAGUAUGUUUCCUAAUGAAGAUGAAUUUAAGGUGAUUGACCAGCUGGCUUUAGCAGAACUGAAAGAUCAUGUUGAAAAACGUACUUUGGAAGAACCAUCUUCAAAAAUACAGUUUAUGCUUAAUUUAGAAGUAGAUAUUCCCAGUGGAAAUAAGGUUCCCGUUUCUUUGUUUUGUGUUUUCCCGCUGAAAUAUCCAACUGUGCUUCCAGAAAUCGCUAUCAGAUCUCCAUUCAUAAGCCGAUCGCAACAGGCUCAGUUAAACACGGAUCUCAUUACAUACUUGCAGAAACACUGUAUUGGUGAAGUGUGCAUUUUAAGUGCCAGAGAAUGGAUUAAAGAUCAUGCUGCUGCUCACAUCAGCAAGGAACAAUUGUCUUCCAGUGUACAGAAAUCAGACGUUCAGAAGCCUGAAGAUAUUUUCACUAGACUCUGGAUUUAUAGUCAUCACAUUUAUAACAAGCAAAAAAGAAAGAAUAUAAUUGACUGGUCUAAGGAACUCUCUCUCUCUGGAUUCAGUAUGCCUGGGAAACCAGGUAUUAUUUGUGUAGAAGGCCCACAGAGUAUGUGUGAAGAGUUUUGGGCAAGGCUUAGAAGAUUAUCAUGGCAACGAAUUUUAAUCCGGCACAGAGAAGAUAUUUGCUUACAAGGAUCUGGAGGUCAUAUGGAGAAACACAAGAAAUUCUCAGCUUUUGAAGAAAAAAUAUUUGAUGCACAUGGUGCCAGAGGAAAUCACAUGGAUCUGGGACAAUUGUAUCAUUUUUUACUUGACAGUGGUUGUGGCGAUAUAUUUCAGUUGUACUUUGGAGUUGAAGGACAGUAGGCUAUUAAGAAGAUGAAAAAAAGAGAUUUUCUCUUUUUUUUAUAAACCAAUAAAUGAUUGGUAACGAUUUUG